AUGCCUCGGCGACAGCUCUUUGUGUCACGGAUCUUCAUGUGGCAGUCACCAGCUACAACAUCCCAUCCUGCUGCUACAGAUCAGAUACUGCUAACCACAGCUGGGGAAAGCCCAAAAGUCUUUGUUGGGUCAAUAGACAAUGGGACGACAAGCUCUCGGUUCCUCAUUUUCGACAGGGCGGGCACGCCCAUCGCAUCUCACCAGAUCGAGUUUGAACAGAUAUACCCAAACCCGGGAUGGCACGAGCACAAUCCCGACGAGCUCGUCUCGAGCGUUGAAGAGUGCAUAGAAAAGGCGUGCAAAGAAUUUGGAUCGCAGGGGCACUCAUUAUCCGACAUUAAGGUGGUAGGCAUAACGAAUCAAAGAGAGACGACUGUUGUUUGGGACUCGGAGACGGGCGAGCACCUUCACAAUGCAAUCGUCUGGACAGAUACUCGUACCGCAUCUAUCGUGCGUGAGCUAAAAGCACGCACAGGCGCAGGUGACCUCACAGAGCUUUGUGGCCUGCCUCUUUCGACAUAUCCUUCAUCGACGAAACUGCUUUGGCUGCUGCGCAACGAUGACAAAGUAAAGAAAGCAUAUGAACAAGGCCGCCUUGCUUUUGGAACGGUCGAUGCAUGGCUGGUGUACAAGCUGAAUGGCGGACCAGCAAAGAAUGUCUUUGUUUCAGAUCCAACCAAUGCGAGCAGAACGAUGUGGAUGAACAUCCACAAACUCGAGUACGACGAGAAGCUCAUCUCCUUCUUCGAACUCGACACCAAGAAACUCCACCUCCCCAAAAUCGUACCCUCUUCAGACCCAAAUGCAUACGGCCAGCUUGCAGACGGGCCGCUCAAAGGCGUGAAAAUUGGAGGAGUGCUAGGCGACCAAUCCGCCGCACUGGUGGGCCAAUGCGGUUUCUCCCCAGGCCGCGCAAAGAACACCUAUGGUACGGGCUGCUUCCUGCUAUACAACGUCGGCGAAAAGCCCGUCAUCUCCAAACACGGCCUCCUCGCAACCGUAGCCUACGACUUCCGUGGCCAGAACAUUCCUCCCGUCUACGCGCUCGAGGGCUCCAUAGCCGUCGCAGGUUCCUCGAUCAAAUUCCUCAUGAAUAAUCUUGGCUUCUUCGGCGACAGCGCCAAGGUGAACGAGGUAGCCUCCUCAGUCGAAGAUAACGGAGGCUGUGUAUUCGUCACGGCGUUCAGUGGCCUGUUCGCUCCAUACUGGAUCGACGAUGCAAAGGGCACAAUCUUCGGCAUCACGGCCCACACACAAAAGGGCCAUAUCGCACGCGCUACGCUCGAGGCGACGUGCUUCCAGACCAAGGCGAUCCUCGAGGCGAUGGAGAAGGACAGUGGCCACAAACUCGAACAGCUGGCUGUCGAUGGCGGCAUGAGCAACUCGGAUCUCUGCAUGCAGACCCAGGCCGAUCUGAUCCAGAUCCCGGUCGACCGCCCGAGCAGUGAGCAAAUCUCCACCCCCCCACCUUCCCCUCCCUUCUCUUAUCUCUGUGGAGGAAGAACUUGUCUAACUAACCCGCCCCUUCGGUUUCGCCGUCGGCAUCUGGAGGAGUUUCGACGAGCUAAAGGAGAUCAAUCGCGAUGGGAGGAUGUAUUUUAA